AUGUAUUAUGCCUCUAUAGUUGCCGCCAAAGUGCUUUUGUGCAUCAUCCCAAUCGCUCAAAUCGCAAUGGGCGCGGUGCACUUGAGCGACUGUCCUCUCCAGGACUACAUUCCUAUUUACCUGAUCGUGGUGGGGAUCUUCCUCAUCCUGCUGGUGCUGUUUAUUGGCCUGCCCUGCGCCCGAGAGCCCAAAGACGGCUCACCGAACUCCCUGUACCGUCUCAGCAUCGGGUGGACCUCUCUUCUGGUGGUGUUCCUCAUCUGCUGGUUUGUUGCCGGUAACGUCUGGAUCUACUCAAUUUACAAGCCAAACUACAUUAAAAACAUCACAGACGCCAGGCACUGCGACAAGGAACUCUAUCUGUUUGCCUUCUGGACCACGACGCUGGUCUACAUCAUGAUAGGUGUCUUUGUGGGCGUCAGCUUCCUCGUGCUGGUGGUCCUCUACAUGUGCGGUCAGGCAGACCCCGACGACUACAUCUAG